AUGGAGGGCUUCUCCCCCUUUCGUGUUGUGGGGGCUGUUUGCGGUGAGGUUCCUGUCAGCAGCACGGUGUUGUAUGGGGCACCGGUCUUGAUGGUCGCUACAGGUCGCACCUUCCAGUUGUUCCGUGGGAAGGAGUUGUCCAUGUUGCGUGGCGGGCCUCAUUUUCAUAGCCGCGUGCGGGCAGUGGCGCAAACCGGCAAGUACCGCUUUGUCGCCGAAGGUCCCCAUGUGCAUGGCUUUACACACCACAAGCCAAUUUGGACAUGUGCGCAUCACGACAUCACACAGAGCAAAGUGAAUCACCUUCUUGCCGCGGAUGAUAUCCUGUUUUGUAUUGGGCAAGACAAGCGGGUAGCUGUGCGGGCGGUGAAGUCGGGGAAACUUCUUGGAGAAUUUCUUAUUGAGCGCAGUGAGGAGGUGCGUGCGGCCAUUUUACCCACCGGGUACACGAACAAGUUACUUGUUGCCACCGCGGAGGGGUCGUUGCAUUUGUAUAACUUUAAGACCGGUGUCUGCUUGUGGUACGCGCAACGGGAAUCGGAUGCCCAGAUUUUGUCGCUUGCAGCCGGCAGGUAUAAAGACAUCAUCGCCUACGGCACGAGCUGCGGCCGGGUUGUGGUACUGAACCUUCUCACAAAUGAGGAGAUCAUGAUGUUUGAACAUAAGUACCAGGGGGCUGUUUCUGCUUUGGCGUUUCGUGUGGAGAAAAGCAUUUUGGUCUCUGGAACGACCGCAGGUGAAGUGGUCUUGUGGGAUCUUGAGAACCGCUGCCUUGAGGGUGUUCUUACACGCAGUAAGCAGGUACGUUCUGAAGCUGAGGUGUUUGAAACUCCACACACGGAUGCUAUACAUUCUAUUGUGUUUCUGCCAACAGAUGAUGCUACCAUGGUGACGGCGGGGGCUGAUAAUGCGCUGAUGCAAUUUAGGUUUGAUACCGUUGAUGGCCUCGGGAUGCUUGUGCGAGAGCGUCGUGGUCACAUGGGUAGUUGCACCAAUGCUCUCUUUUAUAAUACAGAUCUGCUUCUCACAGCUGGGACGGAUCGGGCGCUUCGUGUAACGCAUGUCUUUUCGGAUCGUGCUUCCUGGGAACUAUCACAGGGUAAACUGGGCCGGCGUGGUCGUGAAAAACAAAUGGGUCGAGAAGCGUUGAAGGCGACACCUGUUAUUGCCAUGGCCAGUUGUACCGCGAGGAACUAUCAGUGGUCAAGUGUCGUCUCGCUACAUGAAGCCUCCGCGAAAAUGUGUUGUUGGCGAAUGGACACACGUUCUUUGGAGUGUAAACUGAGUGGUAUUACAACUUCCAUGCAUACUGCACGCACUGUCGCGUUGAGUGAUUGUGGGAAUUUUGCCGUUGUUGGGUACUCCAGUGGUAAUGUGGCAAUUAUCAGCAUCCAGAACCGAAGUGUGAAGCAACUGUUUGACGUUGCACUUCAGCCAAAUGAUUUGGCUCAUACCAGCUCUGUAGAGUGCGUUGAAAUCGCUUGUGGCAAUAGUGUCAUUGUUACCGCGGGCUUGGAUUCACGUAUAAAGUUAUGGGAUCUUCUCACAGGUCAUUUGAGAUGUGCUUUACAAGUGGACUGUCCAAUGAGUAAGUCUUGUUUACACCAGCCCUCAUCGCUCUUUAUUGUGGCACAGCACUUUAAAAUUCGUGUUUAUCACUGUAACCCCGAUGUGGGCUUUGAUGAGGAUUUCCUCGCAACACCCGUGCGAGAGUUUGACGGGCACAAUGGUCCUAUCACGGCCCUGGCCUUGGCGCCGGACUCCUACCGUUAUGUUGUGUCUGCCUCUGGCGACGCCGUGCUCCUCGUAUGGGAUCUUGCAGCGGCAGCUUGCGUCGGCCAGUACCGGCUUGCGUCCCCUGCCACCUCGCUUAGCUUUCAUCCGGAUGCACUUUUUAUGGUUUCCACACACGCAGGCGAACGUGGCGCAUUCUUGUGGUCGAACAACCUGCGUUACGGGUUUGUGCCUGAGGUUGUGACGGACCCGAAAGGGCGGCGGAUAGAGCAACUGCCGCUCCUGCACUUUCCAACCGCGCAUGGCGGUGAGGAGUUGCAGGAAGACGAGCAGGAACACCGCCAGGACGAGGAAGAAGAAGAAGUGGGCGAGGGGAUGAAUUUUAACGGUCUUCAGCCGCCGGGUAAAUUGACAACGACAAUGAGUGGUCGGAAGGAAGAAGAAGAAGAAGAAGCGGAGCUUUUUGAUGCGUCGAAAGACAGUGCACUUAUGCGGCGUCAGCGGGAGCAAGAGCAAUGGGGGCAACUUGAUGGGAUUGUUUCCGGAGGUCUACGACUCGCCGGUGUGCCCCGUUCCCUGUGGUUUAACCUCACCCUUCUGGAUCAGAUCAAGGAAAAGAACAUGCCACUCUUGCCACCCAAGAAGCGUGAUGUUCCCUUCUUUCUCCCCACAACACAAGAGCUGCGUCCUACGUUCCUUGUGGUGGCAUCCUCAGGUAAAGCUGGGGAGGCGGCAGCUUCUCAGACACAUUUUGUGGGUGCGUCUCUUUUAGAACGGACUCCGGUGCAGCGCAUGUUGAUGCAAGGGGAACAUGAGAAAUUGAUGCUGCACUUGCUCGCAUUGAAGACGCCACAGGCCAUAGACUUGGAGAUUAAGCGUGCCGUGGAGUACACCGACGGCGUAUCUUACUCGAAAGAAGAAAUUGAUUGCAUCAAGAGUUGUGUUUGUGGGCUUUUUUCUUUUUUGGCGGUGUGGCUACGGCGACGUGAAAAUGUGGAUCUUGUGCAAGGGAUUUUGGCUGAUGUCAUCCGUUCACAUGGCACACUAUUGACCAAGUGUGGGGGAGAGAUGGUGGCGGUGCUUGAGGAAGUGGCACAACUGCAGAACGCGGUACGGCACAGCAUGGAUCACCUAGUGGGUUACCCGAGCUGUCUUGUUGGUACCUUUUCGGGUUCACUCUUUUAG